GUCUCAUUCAUUGAUAUUAUCGUUGUUGCUAUGAUCCUGCUAGGCUUUCCAAUGGAAACAAUUGUGAAUCAAUCUCCUUUUAGCUGUGUUUCGAGUCAGACGCAUCUUGUAAAUUUGUUGAGUUUCAUAGAAGAAAAAGACUAGAUCCUCAAAAAGAAGAGUCGUGCAAGAUUAUACGUCCAUUUUGCAUAUUGAAAUCAUGGGUUUUGGACGAGCAGAGGAGGAUCGGCCUACGCCGAAGGAGGUGUAUAAUCUACGCAUUUAUAUACUCGCGCUAUGUGCUACAAUGGGCUCCUGGAUGUUUGGCUACAACAAUGGGGUGAUAGGCGGCACGAUCAUUCUCCCCUCCUUCCACGCCGCAUUUUCUCUGCCAGCUCCCUCAACCCCCGAAUACGCAACCAUAACAUCCACAAUCGUCUCCCUUCUCCAACUCGGCGCCCUUGUCGGCUCGCUGCUAAUAUUUCCCCUCGUCCGCCUUUCUGGCCGCCUCCCCUCUCUGGCUAUUGGAUCGGGUCUCUUCGCCUUUGGCUGUCUCCUGCAAGUUUUUGCCUCCGGCCGCCUUCCUUACAUGUACGCAGGCCGCUUUAUAGGUGGAAUUGGGCUUGGCUGCAUUACGGUCGUCGUGCCCAUGUACAUCUCCGAACUCUCACCUCCCGCAAUCCGCGGCUCGCUUGUUGGAUUAUAUGAGAUCAACAACCAGCUCUCGUCUCUCUGUGGGUUCUUUGCGAACUACUUCGUCGGCGUAGGAGUUGACCCCGGAACGGAUCGCCAGUGGCAGAUCCCGAUUGCGAUGCAAGUCAUCCCCGCUGGCUUACUGAUACUCGCUGUGAUUUUCAUACUACCAGAAUCCCCAUUAUUUCUAAUUCAACGAGGGAAAAUUGGUAAAGCGAGAAUAAUCCUGAGUUCUAUUCGGGGUCUGCCAGCCGAACAUCGAUACAUCACGGAAGAGAUUGAACUCGUUGCAUCCUCUCUUCCUCAGCAACCUUCUGGCGGAAAAUUUCGCUCGAUAAACACCAUCCUCCCUCUUCACCUCUUCCGCGAGCUUCUCUGGCGCGGAAAUAUCAACCGCCUCAUCAUUGGAUGUCUGCUAAUGGUGGGCGCCAACACCUCUGGGAUCAACGGUGUAAAUUUCUACUCCCCCUCUAUCUUUCGACUGAUAGGAUUCACCUCCGUGAACUUUCUGCUCUUACUUUCCGGCUUCUUUGCCAUUGCUAAGACGACAGGCACCUUUGUGGGCCUUUUCUUCUUCAUCGACAGAUUCGGAAGAAAGUUUCUUCUCCUUAUUUCCAGCACUGGAAUUGUGCUGGCCUUCGUUUACAUUGGAUCCUUCUUAACCAUUACGCAUGGAUCACCCGCACCUGGGUCUAUAGCAGGCUAUUUCGCUAUGGCAGCCGUGUACUUCUACGCAGUUUCCUUCUCCCUCGCCUGGAACGGCGUACCAUGGGUGUACAGCAGCGAGAUCUACCAGCCGCGACUGAAAGAACUAUCUAUGUCGAUAACAACAGCCGUGCAAUGGAUUAUGCAAUACGCUGUCGCUCGGCUAACGCCUGUGUUGCUGAGUUCUGGAACGUAUAACUCAGGCAAUGUUUUCUUCUUCCUCUUUGCUGCUUGUACGUUGCUAGCUGCGGCGCUAGUGGCUAAGUUUUUGCCGGAGACAAAGGGCUUAACGGCGAAGGGCAUGGAUGAGAUUUUUGGCUCGAGGUAUCCUGAUAGGGAGGGCGAUAUGGGGGAAUCAGGGGACAUGCAGGGAACGGCUAAUGGAGGGAUGGUGGUGAGGUUUAAUAGCUCGGUCUAAGAACAAGGGGGGAAGAACGAAGAAAAUUGGGACAUGUGGUUCUUUGAGGAUGCUAUCAAUCUAAUACUCUCACUCUUUUGUUAUAUUUUAGGGAGCGUUUAUUUUUGGGAGGGAGAUUCAUGGUUGGGGUUAAUAUAGUUAAACAAGUUCAUAGGAAUAUAAUACUCUCAUCUCUCUUUGA